AUGUCCAGAAAAUCUUACGGACUUGGCCUUUCUUCUCAACCCAAUGGGCCAGGAAAUGAACUCCGUCGCUCAUCAAGAGUUAGCUCUACUACUAGUAGGCAUCCCUCCAUCAUUCUUCCGCCUUCUGAUUCCAGACGAUCUGUCAACAGAACUUUACCAGCAACACAAAAGUCCAAGAAGAAGAGAACUAGAAGCGUUUCCACCUCCGUAACUGAAGCUAGCGACCAAGAAGUUUCGACAAACAAAAACUCGUCUAAAAACCAAAAAAAGAAGAAACAAAAGAAAAAAACAAUCACUCAAGUAAACGAUAGCGAUUCAGGAUCAAUAAUAGACUUACGCGAGGACUCUGAACCCGAUAAUUCCAAGAUUCCAGCAGCUAAACCUUGUGCUGAGAAGUAUGAUUCUCCUCUGGAAUUCUUUGGCAAACCUUUCUACCCUGACAAGACAACUGAGGAAGAGCGCAAGAAGAAGCCAAUUACGUACAACUGCAAAUGGUGCAAGAAACGAGUUCGUGGCGGACAUAACUCAGAUGCAAAUCUACAAAAACAUCGUGAUGGUUCAAACCAAGCUGGACGUGAUGGAUCAGGCUGUCCAAACAGAAGUCUUGCAAUCCAAGCAGGUGCAAAACUACCCCCAACAGUCAACGAAACCAAAGCACAAGCUGAAAAAAACGGAACUGGCAAUAAAAAACUCACAUCGUUUUUUGGACGCACGGAAAAGUUUGAUAAGAAGAUUCUGAAUCAGAACCUGAUGAUUUGGCAAACUCGUAACGCGCUCCCAUGGUCACGAAUCGAGGAUAUUGACUUGCAGGCUGGCUUUCACUAUUGUCAACCAGAUGCUAUACUAUUUAAACGAAAAUGGGUUGCUGCCGAGGCCAAACAGCUAUAUAUAUCGUUGCAAGGUGCCAUGCUUCAAACCUUAAAGAAAUCCUCCAGCAAGUUCACUCUCGUGCACGAUGCAUGGACAACAAAAGGAAACCGUUACGCAUUUAUUGGAUCCUCUGUUGCGUAUAUCAAUGAUGAAUGGGAGUUCAACAUGAUGCAUCUCUCCUUGAAGUUGACUACGGAUUCUGCCUCAAGCAAUAAUACAAUGGCAACUCGAGUUUAUGAUAUCUUGGCAGACAAAAAUGGAACAUACUCCUUUGACUGGCGACCAGAGAGAAUGCACAUUCGUUGUUUCUGUCACAAAAUUGCUCUAAUCGUUAAUGCUGGUCUUGCUGAGCUGGGAAUGAUUGCUCCUCCCCCCGCAAAAAUAAAGGAGUCGGUCCUUGGAACUUUCCCAUACUCCGAUGCUAUGGAAACAAUCACCGAGGUAGAAGAAGAAAUGGAGGAGGACAACAAUGGCCCGGCCAGCUGUUCAGUUGGUGAAGACAAUAUCAAUAUUGAUGAUGAUUCCGAACCAGAACAUGAUGAGGAAGAGCUUUCCAAGCUACUUGAACAACAAGAAAAAGAUGCAGGAAACUUAGACGAGGAACAGCGUGAACACCAGGCGACAAAUCGUAAUGAAUCCAAUAGCUUGGACCGUUUAACUAAGAAGCUAGACUUUGUUGUGAGAAAAAUCACUGCAACAAGUGCAUGGCGUCAGGUUUUUAUACGUAAAACCAAGAAAAAAGGCUUGAAACUACGUAGUCUCAUUCCUGGCUAUGGAAUCAGGUGGAACAUAAAAUUUGAAAGCCGUGAGCGUGCUUAUGAAGCACGUGAAGUGAGUUCUUAG